AAAAAUACACCUGAAAAGGACAUUGAAUCAUUACAAAUAACAUUUUAUGAAAUUGAGUCUUGGAUUGAAAAGACAACCCCUCUUUUAAAUCGCUUGACUAAAGAACUUGAAACAGCUUCCGAUCGGUUAAAUAAAUAUAAAAAAGAAUUCUCUCCAACAAAAGCAAUAGCUUUUAACGUCAUUAAAAAUACCAAUAAAGUUUUAAUGACCUCAACUAAAGACAAUUCAAUAAAAUGGAUAUUAUCAUUUCAGCCUGGUAAUAUUUUAAGACUAGAUACUAAUAUUACUAGCAUUGAGCAAUUAAUACAAGCAGUACAAAAGAUACGUUUAUUACAAUUGGAAGAAGCUGUUGAUACAACUUAUUCGAAUAUAACAGCAUUACAAGUGCCAGCCCUAACAUUAUCUGAAGAAGAUGAUACAGUACUCGAUCUACUAUACUCCUUUCCUAGUUCAUCUACAAAUUUGCCACAGGAUGUGAUCUCCUUAGAUUACUGGCAAUAUGCUACAGGCAGACGUCCGGAAAUUUGUCUCGAAAAUUAUCGACAUUAUAGAAUGAACUUGAAUGGACUUACCAAAAAUAUUUCACCAGCUGCACUUAACUAUAUUGGACAAGUGUUUUGGGACUGUUUACAUCCUAAAUUUUCUUCAGAUUGGAAAUCCUUUUGGGACAAAUUAGAUAAUUCUCCGAGAAAUCAAGCUUGUAUUGAUUCCGGCUUGGCUAUGCUCUUUUUACAUGUUAUACGCCAUGAUAAACAUAUUUGUGAAAAUGCUCAAGAGAUUGCAGGAUUUUAUUUUGACCGUGCUCGAGAUAAAUUGAUGGAGUUCUUUGAUGAGCCUCCUGACUGCGUGACACUCGAAACACUGUUAAAUCUUAUCAUGUUUUGUCUCAUUUGUAAACGUUAUACGCAAGCAAGGAUUUAUAUUGGACUUUGCCUAAAUAUGAUUGCAGAGCUUGGUAUUUAUAAAACAAACGGUUUACCUACAGAUAAUCUGAUUUUGCGUAGGAAUAUGAUAAAAUUAUUACUUCUCUUUUAUUAUUAUGAUUGCUCUUUAUCUGACUAUGUUGGAGAAUCACCCACUAUUGAUGAUUCAAUAUUUGAUAUCAGUUUUUAUGAAAUUUGUACACUAAAUGAUACACUUUACGAACUUAAUAAAGCCAAGAAUAUAAAUCUUCAAAUCGAUUUUGAUAAUGGCAAAACUCUCGUCAAGGAAUCUUAUUUUGCUCAUUCUGUAGAGCUUCUCAGAUGGCAUAACCGGGUGCCUAUGGAUAUUUUUAAUUACGAAGAUUUUGACUAUGAUCAAUUAGAGCAGAUGAAACUGAAAAAGGUUAGAGAAAGAGAUAUAGUUACACACAUGGAUACUACAAGUAUACGAGCUCAAGCAUCUUUAUUAUUAAAAUUACAAUAUGAAGCUCAAUGGAUUAUUUUGCAUAAAGCUAUUCUCAGCAGUAUUCGACGUUCAAAAACUACUGAUUACACAUCACCUUCUUUAUUAUACCAAGAACAAAGAUCAAGCAGGAUAUGUUCGGAAUCAGCAGAUCUUAUUGUUAAAUAUUCUGAAGUUUUUACUCGUUGUUUUGGAUGGUGUGUAUCCCAACAAGUUAUUGUAUGCCUUUACCAUGCUUCAACAGUGUAUUGUGGGCAUGCUUUAGAAAAAAAUAACUUUGAGUUAAAAAAUAGAGCAAAAUUUAUGAUUCAUAGAAUUAUACGUAUAUUACAGACAUGUACAAUUAUUUAUAAAGGACUUCCUGAUGAUAUGACAGAAUGUCUCUGCGAAUUUUUAAAGAAA